CAGACUGUUUUGGUCUUUUCGUUGGUAGCAACGAAGAGAGAAUCCGAGAUAGCUAAAUAUUCAGUUUGAGAGAAUUCAUUUACAUUAUUAGAAUCGAAAAACUAAUUGACAAGCGCCUUAAUUCACAUAUUUAUUACUUAUGUGCAAUCUGCGCAUGUUGUCUUUUAAAAAAGCGUUACUUUCUGUUUUAAUAGGAAUUAACUUACAAAGAUUGCUAGCCUGUUAUUUGCUAAGUUAGCGUUCCUGUAGCUAAUAGCUAGCUAGCUAACUUUAAUAGGGUUUGAAUCAGAUGCUGGAGUAGCUAAGUUAGCAAGUUGACGUUAGCUUUUGCUAACUGUUCUUUAAAAUAGCUAGCUAGCUAACUAACUCUUAAAUAUUAUAUUGCCGUAUUUUGGUUGCAGUCUUUCUGAGAUAUUAGGAAUACAUCGCACACACUGUCGUUUAUGGGAUCAUCAUGUCAAUGAAGCAGGCCGGUGGUAAUCGCAAACCCGGCGGUGGCAGCAGCGGUGCUGCGGCUGCCUCUGGUGCCGGGGGAAGUGGCGGACGACAGAAUUUGGGCAGGGGACGGCACAAUGCUAAAGUUAAUUCAUCAGCAGUGGUGUACAAUGGCGUAUAUGCCAACAUACGGAUGGUGGAUGUAUUGACGUCUGUAGUGGGAACCAAAUGUGAGCUGAAGGUUAAAAAUGGACUGGUUUAUGAUGGAGUUUUUAAAACAUAUGGUCCUGAGUGUGAUCUGGUCCUGGAUGCGGCCCACAGAAAGAGCCCUGAGUCAAGCCUGGGUCCGCGACAGGAAGACAUUGUGGAGAGCAUCAUCUUCAAGCCUUCUGACGUGGUGGUGGUGCACUUCAGAGACGUGGACCUUAAUUUUGCCCGGAAAGUCUCCACUGACACAGAAAGUUUCACGGACCCGGGGGUGAGUGGGAGAGUUAACGGGGAGCACAAGGAGAAGAGCCUGGAGCCGUGGGACGGAGGAGACCAGCACCGUGCCGUGUCUGACAGCCUGGAGUCUCUGGACACAGAUGUGUCCAACGGCUGGGACCCCAAUGACAUGUUCAAGUACAACGAAGAGCAGUAUGGCAUCAAAUCCACGUAUGACAGCAGCUUGGCCACCUACACGGUUGCCCUGGAGCGUGACACGUCCGAGGAGUUCCUGAAGCGCGAGGCGCGGGCGGCCCAGCUGGCGGAGGAGAUCGAGGCCAGCUCCACCUUCAAGGCCCGCGCGGCCCUGGAGAAUGACGAGCGCAGCGAGGAGGAGAAGUACACCGCCGUGGUGAGAGGAGAGCGGGAACCGCACCCCCUCAACAGAGAGAACAAAUACGUCCCCCCGGGUCAGAGGAACAGAGAGGGGAUGUCCUGGGGAGCGGGUCGUCAGAACUCCCCCAGGUUGGUCCAGGGCGUCGGUGGUCCUCCAGCUCCUCGGCCUGGUCCCCACGACUACAGCCCCAGCUCUGGAGCAGACCAGCGGGUUGUCAACGGAGGUGCCACCUCCUGGCCAUCGCCCUGCCCGUCUCCCUCCUUGCGUCCUCCUUGCCGUUACCAGUCUGGCCCCUCCUUUCUCCCACCCAGGGCAGUCACGCCCACCAGGCCUCCCCCCAGAACCCCCUCGCGGCCCUCUAGGCCUCCGUCUCACCCCUGUCCUCACGGCCCUCCAGCUUCCGUCUCCUCUAUGCCCAAUAGACGCAUGUCCUCCGAAGGUCCUCCCAGGAUGUCCCCGAAGACCCAGCGUACUCCACGCACCCACCGACCAACCCCCGGGAGUAGAGUCCCCCCAGGAGGCGACUUCAUGCCCCACAAUGCUGCAGGAGAGGCCCCCGUGACCCCUCCGACCCGAGCCAGCCCCUCGGGCGGGACCUGGUCUUCCGUCGUUACCGGAGCACACAGACCUCGCUCCCCUCGGCAGAACAGCGUGGGAGGGGUCUCCCCUAGCCCCUCCUCCCUCACCUCGCCUCAGACUGGGUCUGCCUCUGUGGAACCUGUUACCAUGGCGUCAGCCUCCUCACCCACUGCUGUUAGCCCUUCUCCCAAUAUGCCUGCCGCACCCUUAGCAGAGGUGAAAGAGUGCCGGGUCCAGGAGACCAGACAGAACUCCCCUACGGCCAAUAAGGAGAACGUGAAGCCCCUGGGGAGUCCCCCCGGUGUCAGAACCUCCAAAGGAGCCCCCUCCAUGGCACCAGAUCACAGAAAACAAAUAGACAACUUAAGGAAAUUCAGUGAAGAUUUUAGGUUACAGCCCAGCUGCAGCCCAGACCCACAGUUUGAGCAGAUGAUGACCAAGCCUCUGAGGGACGGCGCAGAAGAGAAACCCAAGGAGCUUCCUCUGGACAAGGGUUCAGAGGGGCCUGAGGGCCCUGUGGCCCCGACUGGCAGCAGCAAGCCGGGCAGCCCCGAAACCCCCUCCUCUACGGUCUGUCCACCCUCCGAGCAGAAGAGGGGGCCCGAUGUCACCUCGCAGGGUGUCCAAACGUCUGCAUCAAACUUCAGCGGAAGUGCCAAGCCUGAGGAGAAGGAAGGUCAGGAUCCAGAGCAAAUCAGGAAGUCGACUCUGAACCCUAACGCUCACGAGUUCAAACCCCGCGUCUUCACUCCUCAGCCCAAGCCGGCAACCACCCCGACCCCCCCGCGACCCCAGGCCCAGCCCAGCCCCUCCAUCGUGGUGCAGCAGCCCCAACAAGUCUACAGCCAGACAGUCUGCUUCCCCCAGAUGUACCCUUUGACCCCUGUCAGCCCUGGAGUCCAGAAAAGCAUUAUCUGGAAGUCUCCAGCCAUGUACCACGUCCAGGUGCCUCACAUGACCGUCAACCAGUCCAAGACCUACAGACCAGGUAAAGUAUCCAGCAUGCCCCAGCAGAGGGCAGACCAGCACCACCUCCCCCAGGGGGGACCGGCCAUGAUGCACCCUGCCUCCGCUGCGGGUCCGCCCAUCGUCGCCCAGAGCCCCGCCUACUCAGCCCAGUACUUCGCCUGCAGCCCGCCGCAGUUUGCCGGCCAGCAGAUGGUGCCGCCCAUGUCUCACUACCAGUCCCAGGCGCAGCACGUGUUCGCCCCGGUGAUGCAGGGCCAGGCUCGGAUGAUGGGCCCCCCGAGCCACGGCCAGCCGGGACAGCUGGUGUCCUCCACCACCACCCAGUAUGGUGAACAGACACACACCAUGUACGUAUCACAAGGCCCCAUGCCGCCGCAAUACGCCCACCCCAACGCUGCCCUGCACCACCACCACCACCCCCAGCCAUCGGCCACGCCCACAGGCCAAGCCCAGCAGAGUGGGCAGCACGGGGGCAGCCACCCGGCGCCCAGCCCGGUUCAGCAGCACCACAUGGGCGGCCAGCAGCAGAUGUACCAGGCCCUGGCGCCCACGCCGCCCUCCAUGACCUCGGGGCCCAACCCCCAGUCCCCCCAGGGCAGCUUCCCCUCCGCCCAGCAGACCCUCUACAUCCACCCCCAGCAGGUGCAGCAUGGCUACAACCCCGCCCACAUGGCCCACAUGCAGCAGGUGAGCUCCACCUUCAGAAGCCCCCCCCUUCACUCUGAGUACAUGCUAUUUAUGCAGGCCCACAUGCAGUCUGGGAUGGUGGCGUCCCACCACGGCACCCCAGGUCAUCCUCAGAUGAUGCUGAUGACCACUCAGCAGCCAGGCGGCCCCCAGCCCCAGCUUCCCCAGAACGCCCUGAACCCCAUCCCUGUGUCCUCCACGACGCACUUCUCUUACUUGACACACCCCCAAGUGCAACAGCACCACCAGCUGUAGGGAGCUGCAGGGAACAUGGAGCCCCACCAACAACCCUCCCCCCGAGUCUCACGGAGAAGCCUCCACCCGAGUCUUCAUGGAGAAGCCUCCACGCAGCCCACAUUAUGCUACCGUACAUCUUCCCUCCCAGUCCUGAAGAAUGUUCAACUGAUUGGUUCAGUGAACGGAGUUUCUGACGAUCUAUAGUUCUACUGAUAACUGAAAGGUGCCCCUCAGUUCUUCCCUACAUAUCUUUGAGAGACCUGCAAAGGGUCCCUAUAUGAAACUUGAUUCAGCUUGCCGAUUAAUGAAUUGAGAGUGGGGGGGGACUGGAACUUGCAUUUUGUCUGCACCUUGAUAUGAAAAUUCUUCCAUCUUAGACAGUAUUAACGUGACUGUUUAAUAACUGCUGUUGCUGCUGCUAUUGCUGCAUUCAAGACUUCAGAACAGAUUCUAACCAAACUAAAAUACAUCUUCCUGUAAUUAAUAACAAGUUUGGUCUAAAGGACAGAAACAUUAUUUAUGAAUGGUGGCUUAGGUGAUCCCACUUCUCACCUGACCAUUGUGUAACUUUUAAGUGAAUAUAACUUUUACUUUGUAGAUAAUAUAAAUAACAAAAAAAUGAGAAAAAAAAUAUAAAAAUAAAAACGUUU